UGGUAAAAUGAGGCCCUUCUGGCUUUCCCGGGGGGAAUCCAUCGGGCAGCUUCUGCGUGCUUUCUAACCUGGGCGUGGGGAGCGGGAGGGGCGGAGGGCGGGCGCCCACAGCCCCUCCACGGUCCCCGCCGCGCUCCGUUUUUGUUUUUGUUUUGUUUUCUUUUUUGAGGCCCCUCGCCCCACCCUCCAGCACAAAGGCUGCUACGGAAAAUACUGGAUCUCUUUUUCCGUCCCUUCUACUCCCGAUCUCCCUUUCCCCCAUCGCUCCCGCCCCCUAGAAAGCUUGCGAGAGGGCGGUGACGUCACCCUAGGGCAUAAAUGAGCCUAGCAACUACCGCGGAGCCCAGCCUUGAUUGGCCGAGAUGAGCGCGGCGUGCUGAUUGGCCCGGCCGAAAGGGGCCAAUAGCUUUUGGCCUCCCCUGGCGAGCGAUUGGCUGAGAGUAUGUUACCGGGCGGCCGCCAGCUGGAGCGUGAGAGCGGCUGGGCUGUGAGGGAGGGCGUGCGCCUGACCGUGGAGCACCUGCAGAGGUGGGGUCCGGACGGAUGGGUGGAAGCUCCGUGUGCUCCCUCUCCCUAGGAUGAGGCGGUGCUCGACCCCGGCCCCGGAAGCGCGGCCCGCCAGGCCUCCUUGGUUGCCUGGCCACGUGCUGGGAGCCAGGCCCGAGCCCCCAGGGGGCUGGCACGCUAGGGCCCACGAGGCCUCUUGGCUGGGUCCCCUUGACCUUUAGGGCCCCUCGUGGCUCCAGCACUAGGGACGGGAGGCCCAAUAAAGGGCGCCCCAAAGGUUUCUCCCCUUCCUUCCUUCCCUCAAAUCCCCCCCUUUCCUCGGUCCCCUCCAUCACGUGAUUCCCUCCCACAAUCCAAUCCCUUCCCUCCCUCGAUUCCCUCCUACUAUCCCUCCCCUCCUCCCUGGAUCUCUUCUCUCUCGCCCCUCUUUCCCCCAUCCCCUCCCUCCUCGCCCUUCGGCCUCCCUGCCCUUGCCCAGUAGCAGCAGCACCUAGGCUUGUGGUUAGUGGAGCGGAGGAGGCUGGGGGACAGUUUGUUCUUCUCACCCAAACCCCUGCCUCCCAGCAGCUUCCCACCCAAAACCACAGGGUGGAGAAGUGAGAAGGCCCACGUGGUUGCUGUUAUGACUCUGCCACCUUCCCCUUGCUCUGCUCAAGAGAAACGAGGCCAGUCCCUGGCCCCAGCCUCAUCCCAGGCGGGCGGCAGGCAUUUAUUAAGCUCCUACUGUAUGCUAGGCCCUAUGCUAAGUGCUGAGGAUAGAAAGAGAGGCAAAAGACAGCCCCUGGCCUCAAGCAUGGCACCGCGUAGUAAGGGAGAAAACACGCAAAACCCCUUUGUCCCAGAUAGCUCUGUGAAUUCUUCGGCCGGGGCGGGUCGAGUAGAGUCGUCGAUGCUCGGGCCUCAUAGUCCCCACUUGCGACUAAACCCGGUACUUUGCAUUGGGGUGACAAGGUGGGAGUACGGAGAGGAGCGGAGACGUGGUCCUCACGCUGGGGGGAAAAAGCCAGAAUUGUCCCGGGGAGGCAAAGGGACCCCAAUAAGAGGCGAUUCAGUUUGGGUCCCAGAGAUGGUGAAGAAGGACCAAUGGAUAUUAAGCGGCUUAUAUGCUCUAUUGGGAUCGGGGCUUUGGUCCUGAUUAUCGACCAGUGACUGGGAGAACUACGUGGCCCUCUCUGAGCAGAGACGGCUAGUGAAGCCCUGGGUGGGAAUCAGAAGGACCUCAAGCCAAACGUGGCCUCAGAUACUUCCUAGCUAUGGGACCCUGGGCGAGACGCUUCACUGGCCUGACUCAGUUUCUUCGCCUGCAAAAUGAAGCUAACAACAGCUAGCCAACGUACCUUGACACGCAGUUUGUCGUUCAGUCAUUUCAACUGUCUCGAGUCUUUGUGGCCGUCGGGGGUUUUCUUGUCAGAUAACGGAAUAGUUUACCGUUUCCCUCUCCGGCUCAUUUUGCAGAGGAGGAAGCCGAGCCCAUCGGGGUGAAAUGACUUGCUCGGGAUCACACAGCUAGGAAGUGUCUGAGGCCGGAUCAGAACUCGGGAAGAGGAGUCUUUCUGACUCUAGGGAGCAACCGUGAGGAAAAAUGGAGGCGGGCGCCAAGAGGCGAGAAGCAAAGGCGGCAAAUGAGCCAACUGAUUCCACCCUUGAAGAGCAGCCUGCCCCAACCUCCCCACAAGGGGAAUCGGAAGCUGAAAGCUCUGAGGAAGAAGUUCCCCAAGAGCUGAAAGUGUGGGGCUACGGAGGGGCCAAAGGGGGGGGCUGCUGGCUGCAGGAGGAGGCUGUGAGCAUUCCUGGAUCAGCGGAGGAGGAUGAGGAGAGUGAGGCUAUCCAAGCCAUGGCGCUCGGGCUGGAAUUACAGUGCAGGCUCCAGCUCCACCUGGAUCAGCUGGAGGCCAAGGCCAAGGCCAAAUCCAGGGCCAGGGCCAGGGCCAGGGCCAGGGCCAGGGCCACGAUGGCUGCCAGACGGGGCAGCCCGGAACCUGCCGUGGGAGCUUCGGCGAGCCCGGCGGCCGCGGCCCGCCCUCAGCCCUUGGCGAUCCGGGGCAGUCAGGGGGAGCCCCACGUCCGAGCUCGAGAGACGGAGGCUACCCUGGGCCGGGCCCCUGGGGAAGUCAAGCCGGGUGACAAGGGAGGCCGAGAUCCAUUUGGGGCGCCUGUUCGGAAAACGGGAAAGGGCCCCAGAGGAAAGGAAGCUGCUGCUAAAGCCUGGGAAGGCCCGCCAGCCUCUAAUCCUCCUAGUGUCUGCCAAAGAAGAGAGAACUACCCAAAUCUGGAGCUGAAAGGCUCGGUCCCAGAAGGAGCCAGCACCCUGGGGCACACACGUGUUGCACUUGGAGAAGACCCCAGCUCAAAGCCCGGCUUUGCCACAACCGCCAGCCGAGCUCCCCGGACCUCCGUUCCCCCUCUUUCAAAGAAGACGAUAACCUUUGGGACCGUUGCGGCUCAGCGUCUGCUCCUCUCGUUCUCGGCCUCUUCCCGCCCCUCAGACCCUAGCUGCGUGACCUUAGAAAGCCCCUUCUCUCGAGAACUAUCUCCCCCCCCAUCCCCCUCCCUAACUGCCUCAUCUGCCUCUCUUGGACGUGCUCUGAACACAGGUUGCCCGUAUUUCCCAGCUAGCAUCGGGGUUCCUCUCCCCUCGCCUCCAGCACGGUGCCUAGCCUACGGCAGGUACCCUCCUCCCCCCCCCCCGGAAGGCCACGGGCAUCCCGGGCCAUGGGGGUUGGCCCCUGCCCCCGGGUUCUCCUGCCUCUGGGUUCAAAUGUGUUUGCUCGUGUGCACUCGUGUGACCCCAGGCAAGUCCCUUCUCUUGAAGCCUGUUUCCUCCUUUGCCCCCUGGCGAAUGGAGGGGGCUGGGCAUUUGUCCCCCUGGAAGCUCUUUUCCAGGCCUCGCCUCUCGCGUCCGUGUGCGAGUCCGUGUCCACACCCGUGCCCCGCCGUCGUCGGCACGGCCGCGUCUGCCGCCUCUCUGGCCGCACUCCGCGGACUCUCACGGCGUCCCAUACGUGCAGCCCCCUCCCUCGUUCCCGCACCCAGUCUGCACUCCUCCAGAAGCAGAGGAGGCCUUUGUCUACCCCUGUCAGAGCCGGAGACGGUUGCCAGCGGAGGGAAGGAGGAGUCCCAAGCUCCAGGCAGGUCUCCCGCUCCGGGGCCUACAGCAGAAGAAAAUACAAAGGAAGAGCCUCUACCGGGAACUGAAGGCCUCUUUCCCACGAGUCCCCACGCAGGUAAGACCGUGACUUUCCCUUCAUCUGGGUCGGGAAAACAAGUGACUGAGCGGAAAGGGCCUCAGAGAUUAGCCCCUCCCUCCCGUGAAGAAACUGAGGCUCAGAGCCAAGGAUUGACUCGUUACAGGCUUUGCCUUUUACUCAGAGCUACAAGCCCGAUUAGAAUGGAAGUAUCCUAAAUCUCUAGCCCAAGUAACGAGCACGGAGACUCCAUAUUGGGCGGCAGGAACCCUUAGGUGCUAGCGGUACAGAUCCGGGGGCUGGCCCAGAAACAACAGCACCAAGCAGCUCUUGGGCAGACGCGCAUCCCGGGGAUCGCGAGCACACUAGGCAAGGACCCGGCUCGGGGACGGGGGCCUCACUCAGCCUCGCUCGCUCGCUUGGCGCCUUCCAACUCGGGGAGAGAGGAACCUGAGAGCUUCGGUCCACGGUUCCCUCCCCCACCCCCACUUCUCGGGCUGGGAUGUCUUAGCCUCCAUCAAAACCAACUCUUUCACUGAGCUUGGGAGCAUCAGGGACUCUGAGCAUCCCCCCCCCCCCAAUUUCUGACAGCAGGGGAAUGGAGCCAAGCUUCCAGCCAGAGUUCACCUCGCUGUACCCAAAGCCAGGAAAAAAACUGAGGGAGGAAGAAAGUCUUCUCUUCUCUAUGUGGAUGGAAUAGCUCAGCUCAGGGAGGCCGGGGGUUUAGGGGGAGGCACAGCGGGCUUCAGAAAAUUAGGGCGUGCUUAGGAAUCAGGAAGACACCCAGAAGCCUUCCCCGGCUUGACUGGUACCACACCCUUGUCCCCCAGGCCUGGACACGGGGGGCUGGUCUGGAUGGAAAUAUUGUGAAAUAAGGCAGAAGGAGGAAGUGAGCCAGAGCCAGAGAAGGAAGGAGACAGAGGGAGAAAGGAAAAUAAGAGAGGAGAGAGACAGAGAGACAGAGAGACAGAGAGAGAGAGAGA